AUGGAAGCCCCCGACAUAGCGUCUCUGUGUGCGGAUCUCACACUCGCUGAUGUUGAUGACGAGAAUACUUCCAUGCACUUGCCCAAUGUUACUUUGGAUACUGAAGCUGAUGAAGUUGGUUACUAUGCUGUGGGGCGUUUGGUCACAGCAAAAAACGUGAGGUUCUCGUACUUUCAAGACACGAUGGCAUCAAUAUGGCAGCCGGCAAUGGGUGUUACUAUGCGGCAGCUUGACUCAAAGCGUUAUCUGAUACGCUUUUACCACGAGGGAGAUUUAAACCGUGUGUUAAACGAUGGCCCUUGGACCUACGAACAAUGCUUGCUGGUGAUGCGCAAACUGCUUCCUCCUGCGGAACCGGAAACGGUUCAGUUGAAUGAGGCUGAGUUUUGGGUACAAAUCCAUAGUUUACCCGUGGGAUUCAGAUCAGAUGUUGUUAUCAAAGCCAUUGGUUCCUUCCUGGGAUCAUGGGUCAAAUCGGAUGAUAAGAAUUUUGAUGGCUCUAUGCGAACGUUCUAUCGGAUCCGUGUGACGCUUGACAUCACGAAACCAUUGAAAAAACAGAUGAAGCUGAAGAGGGACAACGGGGAGUGGUCUGUUGUGGAUUUCCGAUAUGAAAGGCUCCCAACUUUUUGUUUCUUGUGUGGAAUAAUUGGACAUGGAGACAAAGUGUGUGUCAAAGCCCUGCAUGGGAUUGGAACGUCAGGUGAUAAACCGUAUGGCUCAUAUUUGAGAGCAGGAUCAAGAAGAAUGGCCCCUACUGCUGGACAGAGAUGGGUUGCUCCGGAAUCGAAUACUGAACGACGAUCUUGGAUUUCUCCAGGAGCCGAGGCUGAAAGUGCCCAUACACCUGAGGUCAGCACUAUGACCGUCCAAGGCUAUACCACUGGUCAAGGGAAGGAGUUGCAAGUCAGUCCUCCAGUGCCAAUAUCUUACAGAGCUGAUGAGGUUUGUGUCAAUGAUAUUGUUGUAGUUGACCAGAAGAGGAAGCGAAUGGAGAGUGACGCAGAGGGCAGCAGAAACCCCCCUGACAUGGAUGUUGAAAGUGCUGUUUCAAAAAACGGGGAUGUGGCGGGUCUUGCUCAGCAAGCCCGCCUAGAAUUAUGA